UCUCAUAAAAGUCUUUCUGAGAUGCUGGAUAAACUCUAUCUGCUUUCUAAACAGACUGCAUUCUGAAGAUCACCACUGUCCACCUAAACACUAUAUUAGCAUCUCAUUCAGCACAAACAACAGCGCUACAUCUUUAUUCACUGUUUGAUUAUUAUUCGGCCUCAAACAAGCCUUGGGUGAUGCUAUCAAGCAACAUCCAAGCCUAAUCGUUGUUGGCACUCCCAAGCCAGCGAUAAGCGAACCCCAAUGGGACUUUUCGCUUCAGAUAACUACUGGCAUACUGAUUGGGAUCAAUAUCUUCACUCCGAGACGUUUCUUGAAGACGUCCCCCCUUUGGUAGGUUAACGACUCUUUAGCACAUUUUCUUUCCACAAACAUUGUUUGAAUUGGGGACUUGAUUACAUCAUGGAGGCAUUUGGUCUCGCUGGUUCGGUCAUCCACCUCGUAGGCCUUUGUCGUGGCAUCACAGAUGCCGUUCAAUACCUUCAUGCUCGGAUAGAUUCGGAGCACGGAGAUUAUCGCCGGUCUUUGCGAGAGCUUCAAGAGGCGAUCGACCAUACCCGGACGCAGGUCUCCAAGGCCAACGACAUCAUUUCUGCGGGGCUUGAAGAGAACUAUAAUCUUGCUACCAAGCAAGCUGUUAAAGACAUUGGUAGUGCAGUGCAGUCACUUGAUGGGGUUUGGCACGAUACUGGUAAAAUUCCCUCAAGAGCGGCAACUUGGGGAACUCGUCGACGAAGGCCUUCGCACAUUACUAUCAAACGGUGGCCAAAGGUUACGAGGCUGUCACCGCACGCUGCAAUUCCUGUGGAUGAUUUAAACUUCAUCGAAGAUAUAUCUGGAAGAAUUUCCGAAAUCGCACCUGAUCCGCCAUUUUACGAUUUCGGAAAUUCUUCCAGGUCGAUCUUCGACGAAGCUGAAGCUAUCAAGUCUGGAGGAACGUCACAAGUGUUUCGAGUCAGAAUUCACCUGGGUCACAUUGACUAUGGAGGUGAGGGGAAGAAAGAAGUCGCCUUCGCUGUAAAGAAGAUCAACGGGACUUUCCAAGACUACGCUCGUGAGCGAGACGCCUAUCAACGACUGAGUCUUGCGCAAAACCCGCAUCCCCAUAUUGUCCCCCUUCUCGCGACUUACAGAAUGGAGGGCAAAUACCAUUUUGUCUUUCCUUUUGCAAAUUGCGACCUCGCUAUGUAUUUGCGACACCAGCCUAGACCAAGCAAUGCGAAGCGCAGUCUUGAGUGGUUCGGAGGUCAGAUGAGAGGGCUUGCGGAUGCUUUAACCACCGUUCAUGGACGUUACCGAGAUAGUCAACAGGCACAACGGGGCAUAUAUGGCGUCCACGGCGACAUCAAACCAGAGAACAUUCUGUGCUUUGGCUCUGAUGAUAGAUGGACGGCAUUCGCUCUUACGGACUUUGGAUCUUCGUACUUUUGCACAGCAGAAGAGAAGGAUAUCCCCAAGGGCCUUAAACAUACACCAGUCUACCGUGCUCCCGAAAUCGACACGACCGGGGGCAUUACACAGGCCUACGAUAUCUGGAGUCUCGGCUGUGUCUAUGCGGAAGCAAUCACCUGGUUCUUGGAGGGAAAAGCUGGCAUGGCUAAACUGAUCGAGGCUCGGCUGGAUGAAGAAGACAACAGUCCAAACCGAGAUGCUUUCUUCCGGUUGAAGUACGAUAAGCGAGGUGGCCUCACGGCGAAACUCAAGCCUGAGGUGCAAAGACUUCUUAUUUCCCUUCGUGGGAACUCUCAGUCAACCCCCUUCAUCGAUGACAUGCUCUAUAUCGUCCUGGAAGGGAUGUUCAAGAUCAAUAUGAACGAGAGAAUGUCAGCUCGGGAGAUCCUCGAUGCCCUGACCCAGAUGUGCAUAAAGUUGGAAAAUGAUCCAGCCUAUUCUGAGCCCCGAGGUGGAAAUCCAGACAGACUCAUGGGAGUCCCGAUAGAAAUGGUCCACACCAAUCAGAAUGCCAGUCGACAGCGGCUCGAUAGAACGGUCGAUGCGAAUUACUAUACCAACACAACAACCCAGAGUUUAAGUGAUGCUGCCACUCAAAUCGGCCUGAAGCUUCGUUUUGCAUGCCCCUUUCACAAGGCCGGUAUACUGGUCUCCGUUCACCAUCGAGCUUGCGAAGGUCCAGGAUGGAUUGAUGUCAACAAAGUCAAGGAACAUCUUUUCCGCUGCCAUCUUCAAAAGAAGUACAAGGGCAAGCAUAUCUGCCGACGAUGUGACACCAGCUUCGAGACUGACGAGCUUCUCUUGGCUCACCAGCACCAAGAGCCACCCUGUCCCAAAAAGAAGCCAGAGGAGGCAGUCUACGGCAUGUUGAGUAGAGAGCAAGCCGCUCGCCUUCGAUCCCUGAAGAGGAAGUCAUCGAAAGAAUCUGAUGAGGAUCGAUGGUUCGACAUCUAUCGCAUCGUCUUUCCAAGCUUCAACCGGAAGCUGGAGAGUAUCUCGCCAUAUCACGAAUCCAACUCCACAUCCCUCAGCACCCUCAAUUCGACAAGCUCCAACGGAAUCUCCCAGUACAAAGAUUAUCUUCGCAACCGUGGCGCUGAAGAGUAUGCAGCCAGGUUAGCGAAAAUGGGCAUCAACAUCACACUAGAGGCAGCUGCAAAGCUUCUCGAGCUGCAGGUCAAGGACCUCGAGAAUUUUGAUGAGACCAUGCGAGAGCCUGUUCGAGCCUACGGAAUUCCAACUGUCGCCAGUCAUGAGAAGACCGGAGACAGCGCCCCGACCGGACUCAGUGGUUCAUCUGAUCUUUUUGGCCAAUUUCAGCUUCUAACUAGAUUUGGGGAUGAUAAGGAGCAUGGAGGGGAUUGAAUUGAUGGUUACAGCUUAUAUCAACGUGAUAUAUCAAGCUAAUAGGCCGGUAACCCCCAUUUUCUUGAAGAGAUGGAGGAAUUAUAUGAGUUUGUGGUCAUGUGUUUUUGAGAAUAUUCUGGCUUCAGUCUGUCAUUAAUUAGCCAGCGUCCAUUCUUUUAAGUAGCAAUUUCAAGUUUGUUCUUCUGCACUUAUCUGGGACAGCCUCAAGGUUAGGCGCGCGAUGAGCCUCAUCUUACACGCACCUUAUUUCUACAAGUGUCAUACUCAUCGGAGUUCGUAAAAAUGAUCAAUUUAUUACUUGAUAAUUCAUAC